GUCGGCUGCCGCUGUUUGACAGGUCACAGUGAUGAUCUCUCAGAUCACCCCGAAUCUAUACCUGUGUGGAGUGGAGGCUGUGAAUCGGUUAGCCCUGGAGCACAGAGGCGUGACUUUGCUGGUGAACGCCUGCGCUGAAUAUUCCUGUCCUGAGUAUCAGGUGAAAUGCAUUUGGGUGCCGGUGGAGGACCGUCCUCACGCUCCUCUGGACCAGCACUUUGACAGCGUGGCUGAGCAGAUCCAGCAGAACCACACUGGAAGCUCGCUGGUGUUCUGCUCGGCCGGGAGAAGCAGGUCUCCGUCUCUUAUCAUGGCGUAUCUCAUACGGUAUGAAGGACUCUCACUGCUUCAGGCUCAUCAGCGGGUUCUGGCAGCACGGCCCUUCAUCCGGCCAAAUGCGGGCUUUUGGAGACAACUGCUUCAGUAUGAGAAGAAACUCACCCACAGCAACAGCAUCAGGAUGGUGGCUACGUCACAGGGCGUCCUACCUGAGGCCAUCCAGCUCACACAGGACUCGUCAUACUCCCUUAAUGUAUAACUCAAGAGGACAUAUUGAACUGGAUGUAUUUAUAUAACAUGUGUGUGAGUGUGUUUUUGUGUUUUAAAACACUUGAUAAUAUACAAAUCAAAAGAUCAUAACACU